AUGAACGAAAACGACCCGGCAAUUGGGGAUGUUAGUUCGAUGCCAGGGAACCGACCCGACCCGCGGCUGGCGGCAAUGGGUGUGGGAGCAGGCGCCAUCAUUCGUUGGGCUUCACCGAAGAAUCGACAGGAGAAAGGGACGACGUUGAUCGACGGCCUGUCCUCCUUCCGCACACCAGCGGGACUGGCGAAAGCGAUUGUGCAGCACCAGCACGAUACAACACUAUGCCGCGCGCCGCACCGCACUUGCAUGCUACGCUUUCGUUAUCGCCGUGAAUCUGCUCCCGACGAGACAAGAUUUGAGACGAAAUAUCCGCCGCACGUGCAGCUCGCUCUGCUCCUCUCGACGAUCCCAUACCUCCUACGCUCUCUCAUUCCGAAUCCCACUCCCAUAACGAGCCGACGGUUGUCGCCUAGCAUGGGCCUGCCUGAGGAUUUCAACGACCAACAAACUUCUUUCGACGCUGAAAAAGAGCAAUACACUCCCUAUGAGUACCAGGAGGAGGGCAACACCUCCUGGGCAGGUGCUCUGCCGGUGAAGCAAGGUCUGUAUGACCCAGACCUUGAGAAAGAUGCUUGCGGUGUGGGCUUUGCUUGGGCAAGCCUAGCCACAAGAUUGUCAGCGAUGCGCGCAACCUGCUCUGCAACAUGA